AUGGUUCUCCGUUGGACAAAGAGAGACCCCGCUGCAAUCCGCAAGGCCGCGAAAAACAAGUCAAAUGUGAAGAACGAGGAAUCACAGAACACAAUACCCAUCGCACAGCCAAGCCCUCGCAUGUCGCGCACCAAUUUUGCUACCAUCCUCGACCACCAAUGGUCCAUUGAUCUAGCCACCCAGACCAUCACUGUCGCCACAGACGAUGUACACAUGCACGACGAUGACCGCGACUACAUCGAGCUCGCAGCCGAGUUGUCAGCCGUCACUCUCGACGGUGCCACCAUCACGCCACAUUGUGACACACCCGAUUCUGUGGGCCCACUCACCCCUGCUCCGUGGACGUCCCCAUGGGGCGCGCAAUGUGCCUCCCCGGAAUCCAACAAACACUCUGUGGCAUACUCCGCAGAGUCUAGUACGCCAGGGUCUGAGAGGCCUGACACUCCGAUGGAGUGGACCACGCUAUGGGACGCAUCUUGUGUCUCCCCGGAAUUCGGCAAAGAGUCUGUGGCGCACAUAGGAUCGCCACACGACUUCUACGUUUCGGACACGAUUCUGAACUCGGUGUGGGUCAGCACGGCUAGAGUCGGACUGGGCUUCGACGUGGACAUCAUGGCCGCUGACACAUGGAAUGCUUGGACAACGACGGGAGCCCAUGGGGUCUGGGAGUGA